GCCGGGAGCGGCGGCGGAGCGGGUCCCCGGGAGGAGCAGCGCGGGAGCCGGUACCACCGCGGGAGGGGCGGCGAGCGGAGCCGCGAUGGCCGAGUUCCCGUCCAAAGUGAGCACGCGGACCAGCAGCCCCGCGCAGGGCGCCGGCGCCCCGGUCUCCGCGCUGCGCCCGGACCCGGGCUUCGUGCGCUCCGUCGUCGGGGCGCUCAUGCUGCUGCAGCUGGGGCUGGGGCUGCUGGUGUGGGCGCUGAUCGCCGACACCCCGUACCACCUGUACCCGGCCUACGGCUGGGUGAUGUUCGUCGCCGUCUUCCUCUGGCUGGUGACAAUCGUCCUCUUCGUCCUCUACCUGUUUCAGCUGCACAUGAAGUGGUACAUGGUGCCCUGGCCGCUGGUGCUGAUGGUGUUUAACAUGGGUGCCACCGUUCUCUACAUCACCGCCUUCAUCACCUGCUCCGCUUCGGUCGAGCAGACGUCCCUGAAGGGCACCCGGCCGUACAACCAGCGUGCAGCUGCCUCCUUCUUCGCGUGCUUAGUGAUGAUCGCCUAUGGACUGAGCGCUUUCUUCAGCUUCCAGGCCUGGCGAGGAGUAGGCAGCAAUGCGGCCACCAGUCAGAUGGCUGGCGGCUAUGCCUAAACCGCCUGACCAAGGCCCACCGUGGGGCUGAAGGCUGCAGCCGGGUCAUGCAGGGUGGCCCCGCGGUCAGCCCAGAAGGGACUACACUUGCUCCCGUCUGACGGACAGACGUGGGCUCACCCAACACUCCUACGGAAUCGGGAUCCUUCCGGCGCGGCCCCCUUACUCAGCAGCAGGUGACGGGGGACUCCAGCAUCCGAGGGGGCCGCCUCCUCACCAGCACUAAGCACACUAACAGGGACUCCAGACCUGCAGCCCCGCCUACCAUAGUGAGCCUAACAAGCAACACGCAUUCAUCAUCAGUCUGUCCAGGAGCACUGAGCAAGCUCAUGAAACCGUUCUGGGUCCUUAAAACACAUUCCGACACGGCCCUCCCCCAAACCAACAUGUCACUGGAGACUCUCUGACAUCAGGCUCCUCCUUCCCUGUAUUUCACUCUUACGGUUUUUUGUUUUUUUUAAGAGACUUUUAAUUUUUUUUGUUAAUCCUCACCCGCGGUUUUUCCCAUUGAUUUUUUAGAGAGUGGGAUAGGGAGAAAGAGAAACAUCAGUGUCAAAGAAAUACAUUGAUUGGUUGCCUCCUGAACACGACCAGGGCCCAGGCCAGGGAGGAGCCUGCAGCCAUGGUACGUGCCCUUGACUGGAAUCGAAUCCGGGACCCUUGAUCCACAGGCCGACGAGCCACUGAGCCACACCAGCCAGGGCACUGUGGUUAUUUAGAGCAGACUGGCCUCAAGCAGCUUCCCAGCGAGGAACGCCCGUCUCAAAGGCUUCCCUCCCCUCCCAAGCCCCGCUCUCUAACAGCCUGACUGGGGAAAGCGCCGCCCACACGGCUGCUUCCCUGACCCCGCCGAUCGGACCCUUGGGACAUGGAGGCAGGGCAGCAAGGCCUUGCCUGGUGAGUUGUCAUGUGCUUGGUGGUGACUUUGUUGUUUUCAUUUUUUUUGUUUGAUUUUUUACAAAAAUAAAGACGGAAGAACUUGUCUGA